CUUCUAGGACUCGUGCCAGCUACCUCCACGUCGUCGUCUAUAAAAGCCAUCAAGCCCGCCUGAUCUCGAGUCGUCCUCUCCUCGCAAUUAGACCUACUCGGCCUUCACCUCACGACCGCUCAUCACCCAGACCAUUAAUUGGUACACCACGUGGCAUGGAGCGCACCACGAAAUUCAAAUGUCCAAUUUGGAUCGAGGAAGAUUCUGCGACCGGAUGGCAGUUGAUCGCAAAUGCUGUCUCGCGAUCCAAGAGCAUCAUCGUCACCACGGGUGCUGGCAUCAGCACAAUAAUGGCACGCAACCCCUCAGUUCUCAUGUCAUGACUGGGCACGGUUUUACCCUUGUCUCUGGCAUGUCCGAAAAGCCGACCUCGAUGCCAUUUUUUGUCCUCUUCACCAUACAGUCACCAGUUCUCAUCGGACGAGUAUUGUAUUGAUGAUGCCACACCAGCACGGAUGUUGG